AUGGAUGCAAAUAAAAGUUCAAUUUAGGAGCCAAUAAAUAGCGAGUAAGAUGAUUAAGAAGAAAAUAAUUUUGAUGAUUAAAAUAUUCAUAACAACAAUUCUUCUAAUUUACAUAGUAUGAAUAAAGCCAAUCAGACAAACUAGUAGCAGGGUUAAAACAAAGGCAUAAAUACUGUAAACUCCAUCAAAACUUAAAAAGAGGAUGAUUGUUUAGAUUAAGAUAAUGAUAAUGAUGAAAGCUUUUCAAGCUAAUCUAAAAGAGGAUUUAUUAUCACACUUAUUUUAACUGGUUUGUGUGCAAUUUACAUAUUCUAAGAUAUUUUUACUAGAGAAAUGUUUGCUAAAAAUGCUUCUUAAUCCUUUAUUAUAAGUAUUUAAAAAUGGUCUAUAAAUACUGAAUUUUUAUAUACACUCUCCAUGAUUAUAAGCGAUUCUUCAUUCGUAGUUACUGGUUUAGUUAUAGCUUGUGUUGUAAUUUGGGGCUAAAAUCGCAUUUACACUUUUAACUAUAUAAUAGUAUUUGCUUUUACAGCAGCUUUAUUUAAUUUACUUAAGCUUAUUUAUAACGAUCCUAGACCCUAUAUGGUAUAUGAUUAGAUUCAAGGAAAAGAGUGUGCAGCUGAAUAUGGAAAUCCAAGUGGCCAUGCUAUGCUGAAUUGUUUUGCAGCAAUUUAUGGAAUAAGUUCUUUAGGUAAUCAAUUCCAUAAAAAAUAUUGGUGGGCUUGUAUAAUAUACGGUAUUUUCAUAAUUUGGGUAGGAUUCACUAGAAUUCAUUUGGGUGUGCACGGAGUUAACCAAGUUCUCUUAGGAUGGAUAUAUGCUUUAUUUAUUUUUUUAAUUUUCAGAAUAAUUGUUUUUAAACAAAUUAAUAGAUUCAUUAUAAAAUUGGCUGUCCUACCAAAAAAAAAAGUUAAAAAAUAUGCAUUCUUUUGCUUGGCUCUAUACAUCAUGGUAAUUGGAAUUUUUAUAGGAGCUUUUGAAGGAGUUAAGACUACUUAUGAAACAUCUAAUGACAUUUGGAAUGGUAGAAUAGAAACUGCUUGUGAUACUAAUGAUAUUGAUAGUAUAUCUAAUAAAUAUCUAUACAAUAAAUGCUUUAUUGAUGGAGGAAUUUUUGGUGUUAGUUUUGGAUUUUUAUUUGGAAUCAUAUUCACUUAAGGAAGCAUAGAAAAUUGCAAUAUAUAUGGCUAAUUCUAAUCCCAAAUUUCGUAUAUAAUGAUAAUCAAGAGAUUGUUUUUGAUAGCAAUAGCCCCAGGAUCAAUAUUUGGAACUUUUUUGCUUAUUUUCCAUUUCAUAAGUGCUGAUGCUACCUAUUCCAGGUUUUUCUUUUAACUAAAUAUAAUUGGAUUCAUAUGUGCUUUCUUAGUUAUUUAUCUAAGUCCUAAACUGCUUCAUCGCUUUUAACUUGAAAUUAAAGGAGAUUUUUUGAAAAUCGAUUCAGACUUGCAUUCCUACUCAACAGAAAAAUCUUCUUAUCCAGUUGAUUAAAAAAGAAUCAUUCAUUUUAAUGCAAACAUAGACUUCUAAAGUAGUAGUCCGAUGAAGAUUCAUAACAGGAUCUCACAAACUCACCUAAGUGUAAUUGAAUGUUAAAUUAUGGAUGCUGAUCCUAAUAACUUAAGUUAGAACUAAAUUACAGAAGAUAAUUCAUAUAAAAACUAUAUUUAAAAUUAUCCUUCUUCUAACAAAAACCAAAUUUAAUACUAAAAAUCUAAUAAAUGCUAAAGCAAAGAAAACUUUUAAAACGAAAAUUUAACCCCAUCUAGUAACCAACAUUCGAAUCAUCCCACUAAUUUCACUUACAAUUCUAAUUUUAACUAUGAAGUAACUUUAAAUAAAUCAAUUAAGAAUGGCGAAUAUCAUGACAAUUCUAACAUUUAAGAUUAAGAAAGAACUUAAUCAAAUAAUUAAGAGAAUAAUUUAGAAAAUAGAAAUUUUGAAAAUUCUAACUUAACUCAAGAAUAACUUGAAAUAUCUCAAGAAUCUUAGUAAAUAGGAUAGGUAGAAUUGAAUGACUCACUUAAUGAAUAGAUUAGAGCAGCUUUUAUAAAAGAUCUAUAUCAUUUCAAAAAUGAUGUAGUUAUUUAUAGCAAGCAAGAGAAUGAAUGA